AUCCGAUUUGUGUCAAAAUCAUUACGACCCGAAGACAAUACAUACGAUAUAAUACGAUACGAUACUGUAUUUCUUCACUUCUUCAGUAUAUACUCUCAUUGCUGAAUUAUCUCAACAUACUCCCGAUAUACUCCCAAUAUAUUCCCAAUACAUUUCCAAUAUAUUUCCAGUGUAUUUUCAAACCACUCUGUGCACAUUAAUGCCCCCCUUAUACUAUCUCUAAUAAGCUUCUUCCUAUCAAAAUGUGGUUGUGUGUGUUUUUAUCUUUGCUAACCUCUUUAUUCUUAUCGCUUUUAUCUGUCAACCACUACAUCAAAAUAUUCAAACACAGUUGGUUCUUAUCGACUUCCUUAAUAAUCUCUUUGAUUAUCCCCUUUUCAAUGAUCUUUCUAUUACCAAUAGAUCUCAUAUCUGCUUCUUUAGAUCCAAAUGUCAUUGAUAAUAACUUCUUUUACAUGAAAAAUUCAAAAACUUUUAUUUUAAAUCUCUGGAGAUUCAUUUACUGGUUUGGUUUCCUAUUAACCUGGCUAAUCCUACCCUUUUUACAAUACUACUAUUAUUCAAAUAACUUUAAAAAAAACUCAAAGAUAAAGGAUUCAAUCCUAGCUAAUUUGCAAUUCCAGUUAUUAUAUUUAACAGUUGGUAUAAUCGGCCUAAUUUAUAUCUAUUUUAACAUCGGCCUAUCCAUCAACUCAAUAAAAUCAUUAAUGAUAAUCCUAUCUCACUGCUAUUCUCUUCUAGUAGCCAUCUGGUUAAUGGGUUAUGGUCUAUUCUUACUACCAAAAAAAAUCUACCAAAAUUCCUUACUAAUUAAAAAUGACUGCGACUCAAAUUUAAUCAAUAAUCACUACUUGAAACUUUUAAAAAUUAAUGAAAAUUAUCAAGAUAUCAAAAUAACCUUCAAGGAAAUCAUCCAAUUGAUCUUAAAUUUAAAUAACAUUGCCGAUUUACCAGAAAAUAUAGACUACAGAGACUGGUUAAUUCACCUCAAUUAUAAAAUCCCUAAAAGUUACAUUACUCAAUCAAAUAUCAACAAAUCAAUUCCCAAUAACAUCACAAAUAACAUCACGAAUAACAUCACUAAUGAUAUCAGUAUCAUUCCUUCUUCUUACUCUUCUAUCCCAACUGUUUACACAAUAGCCAAUAGCGACGAUUCCGAUAACGAUGAUAACGAUGAUGAAAGUGCCAUCCUAACUAUAACCAAUAACCAACUAAACAAAAAAUUUCUACUAAGAGUCUCAAGAAAAUUUAAAACUUCCUACAACAACAUAACAAUUAUAGAAUAUCAUUAUUAUAACUUGUUGAAAAAAAUCAUUAAAAUUCAAGACAUGAUAAAGGCAAAACAAAAAAAUUCUCUAAUUUUAAGAUAUAAUAAAAAUUUAAAUUUCUUCCAAAAAUUCCUAUCGAAAAAACCAAUUCUAUUUUUUUACUUGAAUUGUUAUCUUUACCCCUUUAUAUUAAAACUAAUUGCCUUUUUUUUUGCUGUUUUAUCCUUUUUAAUCAUUUUCUCAGAAUUUUUCCACAACACAAGAUUAUCAAUCAUAAAUUAUAUUAUAUUUAAAACAACCUCUUUAAACUUUUUUAAUAACUUUUUCAUUGUCUUAAUCUUAAGUUACAUGUGUUUCACAUCUUUAAUCUCUCUAACAAAUAUCAAAAUUUUCAACUAUUAUCAAUUAAUUCAUCAUAAUUCAACUCCUGAAAAUUCUUUAUUCUAUUCAAGUUGGGCAAUUAGAUUAACCAUUCCUCUAUCCUAUAAUUUCCUAACUCUAUUAAAUGAACAAAUCUUAAACAGUGUUGAUCCAAUUGAUAAUCAAGAUAAUAAUAAUUCAAAAAAGAUUUCAAUUUUUUCUUCUUUCAUAUUAAAUAACGAUAAAACUCAAUUUGCAAAAUUCUUAGGUAACGCAAUUAAUUCCAUCAAAAUAGGUAAACAAAUCAAUAACUUUCUACCUUAUUUAAUCUUAUUACCAAUCUUAAUUCGCUUUUUCUUAAAUUCUUUCAAAAAUCACAAAAUUUAUAAACUAUUUACAACUGCUUAUAACAGUUACUUUGAUAUUGAUGAUUUCUUAUUCAAUGGUGAUGAUGAUCUUGACCUGGAUAUAGAAGAUGGCUUGGAUAUUAAUAACUCAGGCUCAAGAAGAACAAGAAGAACAUUUAGUUUAUCAACAAACUACGAAACAGAUACAGAAAGAAGAAGAAAUGAAAUCAUCAUAAAAGAAGUUAAUAAAAUCAUUGAAAAGGAAUUAAUUAACCCUAAAUCCUUAUUGAAUACUUAUGAAGAAUUAAACCGUAAAGGUAACAUUUUUUCUCUAUUUGAUAAAAUUCCAUUGUUUCAUAAAUUAUACUUGCUAUUAAAUGAAAACUCUGUCGAGUUACCACUCACUGAAUCUGAUCUGCACACAAGAUUAUUAAAUUCUCAUAGUAGUAGUAGUGAAAGUGAACUUGAGAUCCCCCAAACUAUAAACAAUCCUGAUUCUUUAAAUGCUUCAAGAGGAAUACCACUGGAAAUCUUAAAGAAUAAAAACAAUCCCAAUGGUUUUAAUGAAUUUAAUGAUACACAACCAUCAAUGUUUACAAACGUCAAAUCGAAAUUUUCUGAUAGCUUCAAAAAGAUAAUUAAAAAUAACCAAUCAGAUUUAAAUAAUAAAACAAAUGCAAGAACUAAUGAUUAUGAAGAAGAAAACAAUUCAGCUUUUAUGAUUAAUCCAGAUUUACAUAAUUUGAGAAGUAAUAGCAGUUAUUACAGUAAUAAUAGUUACAGAACUACUAUAAAUGAGCAUAGUUUAUAUGCUGACGAUGAGAACUCUUCAGAUGAUGAAGCUGAAGAAGCAGAUUUAAUUAACAACCUUGAAAGAUUUGAUAAUGCAUCUGUUGAUCUGCAUGGGAUUUCAUAUUUUUAAGAAUGGAAAUUACUUUCAAUUUUUUGUUUUGUUUUGUUUUGUUUUGUUUUGCUUUCUUGUUU